AUGUCCAGCCAGCAGCCUGACCCCGCUCAGGGUCCCUCUCGGCCACAACACCCCCAGGUCACCGCCACCGCCGAAGACACAGCCAACAUCAACAGCAUAAACCUCAAGGUGCCACACGACCUGCUGACUAACAGGCCAGAGUCGCCCGUCAACAGGAAAAGGACUGACGACCACUCGGCCACUGGUCAGGAUUCGCACCACCUCGACGACGGGUCGCCCAAUAGCCACUCGUUGCCACCGACUAAAAAAUCAAAGACAUCCCCUCCUCUCGCCCCAAGGCUAGACAAUAACUACAGGACCUCCAGGGACACGAUCGAGGACGUCAUCUCGCCCCAGACCUCGCCCCUCCUCGAACCCUCGUUGCCCUUUGCCACCCCUUCAACAUCAGAAAAGAGAUACUCGCCCGCCACCAACGCACCUACGCAGAUCAAGGCUCGCAAGUUGGAUGACGAUAGACCUCUCUCUCCAGCGUUCAGGCCUACAUCCCCGUCCUUUGGAGCCAGCUCGCCUCCUUUCAGAGCCACUUCUCCUUCUUUUACCAAGAGCGCGACAGCGAUCCUUGACAGUCUCUCUAAGCCUGGAGAGAACUCGCUUGGCAACUUGAACUUGGGCACACCGACAUUGAACAAAGCCUCAGUCGCAGAACGCGCCAUGGGCGUGAUCACCAGUCGACCAGGAUCGCGUCAGACCAGCCCAGACCCACUUGCUGUCAAAGCAGCAGCAGUUGCAACCGAACUUGAGCCUGGCAUCACUCACUCUGGAGCUACCGCCCCCGCGGACACAUGCACAGGAAGCAAUACGAGUCCUUUGGAAGCCAUGGUGACGAGUUCAGACGAUGACGAGCAUCACCAUCUCUCAAGCUCACUGGGGAUAGAGGCUCAAUUGAGCGGCGUAGGUGAUGACUUUGACGACGAAGAGGGGAUCUUGUCAGGAGAUUUGGCCUCACAGGAGCCAUUCGUCUACAGUUCAGGAAGUGAGGAUGAAUAUGGAUCAGAAUCGAUGGGCGAGAUCGACGUUGAGAAUAUUGCUAUGGGAGACAGCGAUUUUGAACUGGAGCAUGAAGGAAGUCCCUACAUCGAUGUAGACCCGUUGUGUGAGGAUCGCAUGACAGCAGAGGAAGCAGAAGAGCUUCUACACGACGCCAGGAUGCGAGGCAUGGAGUUUGUGAUCCGCAAGUACGUCGUGUCAGGGAUGUACACGGCCAAGAAGCUGCUUCUGCUGACGAUCCCUGACGCACUUGAGAUUCCAGACCACUUUACAGAACAGGACCUCCUCGUUGCAGCAUCAGAUCGCAUCCGGAGGGUUUUGCGAAAGCGCAAGAGAUUGGACUACGUUCACUCACUGCAACACGUCGUGGAGCUGCUAAAGAAUUCCAAGCGGAUCAUGGUUCUGACAGGAGCAGGGGUGUCUGUCUCGUGCGGUAUUCCAGACUUUCGUUCCAAGGACGGUAUCUACUCUCGUCUCUCGGAAUUCGAACUAGACGACCCUCAGCAGAUGUUUGACCUGGAUUUCUUUCGGGAACGACCCGAGAUAUUUUAUUCGUUUGCGCGAGAGAUCUUUCCAAGUAACUUUACACCAAGUCCCAGCCAUUACUUUAUCAAGCUGCUGGAGGAUCACGGAAAGCUGCUCAGGAACUAUACACAAAACAUUGAUACCUUAGAGCAGAAGGCCGGAAUCCGCAGCGUGCUGCAGUGCCAUGGUUCCUUCGCCACGGCAAGCUGUGUGCGGUGCAGAAACCAAGUGCAAGGAGAUGAGAUAAAGGACUCGAUUUUCAAACAGGAGGUGGCCUACUGUAAAGUCUGCAAGAAGCCAACCCCACCACCCAAGGCCCGCAAAAGAUCCAAGGCCAAGUUCGACUUUGACGACGACGAUGAUGACUCAGAGGAGGAGGAUGACGAUAACCGGGCGCUGAUGAAACCGGACAUUGUGUUCUUUGGCGAAAAGCUGCCCCAGAUCUUUGAUCGAUCGUUGGCGGACGACCGGGAAUUGGUCGAUCUCUUGAUUGUCAUUGGAUCCAGUCUCAAAGUUGCCCCCGUCAGCGAUAUCAUGCAUCAAUUGCCGAACAAAGUACCGCAAAUUUUGAUCAACCGCACGCCGAACCACCAGAUGGACUUUGACGUGCAGCUGCUGGGAAACUGUGACGCGAUCGUGGCAGAGCUCUGCCGGAUGGUCGGGUGGGAGCUUAAGCACGACAAGCUGCCCGGAGGAACAUCGAACGUGCCCGACAUGGACAACAAUACCAACAUGGAUGGGUCUGGGACCGGUGGUCGCGCCGCUUGGACUUUCAAGGAACCUAAUCUGUACCUCUUUGAGGGUGCUGAUCUGGAGGAGUUGGAUUUUGAAGCGAUAAAGGAGAAGAACCGGAAGCGGUUGAUGGAAAUGUCUGGAGUUUAUAAAGGAGCUCUUGGGGGACUGGGUGAUAAUGAUCAGGAGGAGGAUGAUGAGGAGGAUGAGGAGGAUGAGGAUGAAGAGGACGAUGAGGAGGAUGAGGAUGACGGUGAUGGUGAUGGUGAUGAUGAUGAUGAUGAGACAGGGCCUGUGAGCGAGGAUAUGGAGGGUCUGUUGACGGUCUCAUCUGAGCGGCGGCCGCAGAGUCGUGAAGGUCGGGCGACGAGUGUAGUUAUGAUGGAUGAGGACGGCGAUGACUCAGACAAUGCCAGUGGCGAGAGUGAGGAUACUAUCCGAGCAGCAGUAGUCCAUACCUUUGGAGUCAACCCUGCAACAACAUCCACAGCAACGACACUAGGAGCAGGAGCCGUACCGACACUCAAUGAGGGGUUUUUGAGCCCACGGUUACAGCCUUCUGUCGGAUUUGCGUCUGGGACUACGGAGCCUCGGUCUGGAAGCAUCACGGAGAUUCAUCAAGAUAUCCUGUCUGCGGCUGCAGAGGCUGCAGCAGCGAUUGCGUCUGCACCGCCAACGUCUGCAGCAGGACCAGGUGCCAGUACGGAGAGGGUCCGGACACUAUUUACGGAACACAUGCCCAAGGAUCUUGGCGAGGACGAGACUGUGUUUGACACCAGCAGUACUUCGUCGUCCUAUAGUCAUGGAAACGUGUUCCUGAGCCAUAGCCGUCGGCCGAGUGAGGACCUUGUUCCGAUCACGGAGGAUCCGCAGUUAGAGGUCGAUGAUGAUGAAGAGGUCGAUGUGGAUGUUGAUAUUGAGAUUGGCGGGCCGGAACUUGCACGAGGAGCUGGCGGAGGUGGUCGUUUGAUUUGA